UAAGCUCUGCACUCAGACUCCGCAGUGCACCCGGAGGUGAGCUUCUCAGUUCCAUCCAGCCUUGUGCUCAAUGGAGAGACUGACACUGCAGUACCUCACUGUGUGACGAGAUAGGACCAGGGCUCACCUGACUACCGCCGAGAUGAAAUAUAAGAAUCUUAUGGCGAGGGCCUUAUAUGACAACGUUCCUGAGUGUGCUGAGGAGCUGGCCUUCCGCAAGGGAGACAUCUUGACUGUCAUAGAGCAGAACACAGGAGGACUAGAGGGAUGGUGGCUGUGUUCCCUACAUGGUCGCCAAGGCAUUGUCCCAGGCAACCGGGUGAAACUUCUGAUUGGUCCAGUACAAGACACCUCCAGUCAUGAGCAGGCUACUCCUGGACCCAUGCAUCAGACCUUUGGCCAACAGAAACUCUAUCAAGUGCCGAAUUCACAGGCAGCAUCUCGUGAUACCAUCUACCAAGUGCCACCCCCCUACCAGAAUCAGGGAAUUUACCAAGUACCCACUGGCCACGGCACCCCAGAACAAGAUGUCUAUCAAGUACCACCGUCUGUUCAGAGAAACAUUGGAGGCACUAGUGGGCCCCAUCUAGGCAAAAAGGUGAUCACCCCAGUGAGGACAGGCCACGGCUAUGUGUAUGAGUACCCAUCCAGAUACCAAAAGGAUGUCUACGAUGUCCCUCCUUCCCACACCACUCAAGGGGUAUAUGACAUCCCUCCUUCAUCAGUGAAGGGCCCCGUGUUUUCAGUUCCAGUGGGAGAAAUAAAACCUCAAGGGGUGUAUGACAUUCCCCCUACCCAAGGGGUUUAUGCCAUUCCACCGUCAGCUUGCCGAGAUGAGGCAGGGCUUAGGGAAAAGGAAUAUGAUUUCCCUCCUCCGAUGAAGCAAGAUGGAAGGCCAGGCAUGAGACCCGAGGGGGUUUAUGACAUCCCUCCAGCCAGCACCAAGACAGCGGGGAAGGACCUCGACAGCAAAUUCACCUGCGAUGCUCCAGGAGCCGCAGAACUGAUGGCUCGAAGACACCAAAGCCUUUCCCUACACCAUCCGCCCUCUCAGCUGGGACAUUCUGAGGGCACUCAGAAUGAUGCAUAUGACAUACCCCGUGGAGUUCAGUUCCUGGAGGCACCAACAGAAACCAGUGAAAAGGCAAACCUGGAAGAAAGGGACGGUGUUUACGACGUCCCUCUGCACAACCCAGCAGACGCCAAAGGCUCUCGGGACUUGGUGGAUGGAAUCAACCGGCUGUCUUUCUCCAGCACUGGCAGUACCAGGAGUAACAUGUCCACAUCUUCCACUUCCUCAAAGGAGUCCUCGUUGUCAGCCUCGCCAUCUCAGGGCAAAAGGCUCCUGCUGGACCCAGACACAGCCAUUGAGAAGCUCUAUCGGCUCCAGCAGACCCUGGAGAUGGGCGUCUGCAGCCUCAUGUCCCUGGUCACCACAGACUGGAGGUGUUACGGAUACAUGGAAAGACACAUCAAUGAGAUCCGCACCACAGUGGACAAGGUGGAGCUGUUCUUACGGGAAUACCUCCAUUUUGCCAAGGGAGCUUUAGCCAACGCCUCCUGCCUCCCAGAACUGGUCCUCCACAACAAAAUGAAGCGCGAACUCCAAAGAGUGGAAGAUUCCCACCAGAUUCUAAGCCAGACCAGCCAUGAUUUGAAUGAAUGCAGCUGGUCCCUGAAUAUCCUAGCUAUCAAUAAGCCCCAAAAUAAGUGUGAUGAUCUGGACCGGUUUGUGAUGGUGGCCAAGACAGUGCCAGAUGAUGCCAAGCAACUGACCACCACCAUCAGCACCUAUGCUGAGACCCUCUUCAGAGCAGGUGCCAGUAGUUCCCAUCUGAAGAAUGGGCCCACCAGCAUCAUGAACUCAAGCGAGUAUACACACCCGGGCUCCCAGGUACAGCCGCUGCACCCUGGUGAUUACAAGGCCCAGGUCCACAAUAAGCCAUUGCCUCCCACUCUAGGCAAGGAACCGCCACCAGACUGUAGUAGCAGUGAUGGUUCCGAGAGGAGUUGGAUGGAUGAUUAUGACUACGUUCACCUACAGGGCAAGGAGGAGUUUGAGAGACAGCAGAAGGAGCUCCUGGAAAAAGAGAACAUCAUCAAGCAGAGCAAGGCGCAGCUGGAGCAUCAUCAGCUAAGUCAGUUCCAGCUGUUGGAACAAGAAAUCACCAAGCCCGUGGAGAAUGACAUCUCCAAAUGGAAGCCCUCACAGAGCCUCCCAACCACAAACAACAGCGUGGGUGCUCAGGAUAGGCAGCUGCUUUGCUUCUACUAUGACCAAUGUGAGACCCAUUUCAUAUCCCUCCUCAACGCCAUCGAUGCUCUCUUCAGCUGUGUCAGCUCAGCCCAGCCCCCACGGAUCUUUGUGGCACACAGCAAGUUUGUUAUUCUCAGUGCACACAAACUGGUGUUCAUUGGAGACACUCUGACAAGGCAGGUGGCCGCCCAGGACAUUCGAAAUAAAGUCAGGAACUCCAGCAACCAGCUCUGCGAACAGCUCAAGACGAUAGUGAUGGCAACCAAGAUGGCCGCCCUCCACUACCCCAGCACUACCGCCUUGCAGGAGAUGGUGCAUCAGGUAACAGACCUGUCCAGAAAUGCUCAGCUGUUCAAGCGUUCCUUGCUGGAGAUGGCCACCUUCUGAGAAGAAAAGGUGGUAGAAGAGACUGAGUACCUAAUUACUAAGGAAAACUGGAAAUAGUAUCUGGUUUUUGUAAAUGUUAUCUAUUUUUGUAAAUAUUUUAUACGAAAAUGAAAUAUUUUAAUGUUUUGUGAGUCGGUCGAUUUUCAUCAAUUCAGGGAGCUGAAAUGGGAAAUCUUUUUCCCCCUGUGUGGUUCUUAUAUAACCGUAUAAGUAUCUAAAACGUAAGUUGUACAGAAAUGUGUCCACGUUUGCGUGUGCCUAUGUAUCUGUGUUUGUAGAUGUGUGCCUGAUACAUUCCAUUAAAAACAUGAAUCAAGGAGCACCUUAGCGCCUUCUAAUGCUGCGUUGUUUGGGUUGUGUAGAAAACUGUACCACUUGGUUGUAAUAUCGUUCUACACGUAGUAGUAGUAGUGAUCUGAGCCCAGCACACCCAAAUCUGGAACUCAUGGUGUAUUUGCCAAGUGUUCACCUCCUACAUAACAAGUCACAAUAUGGCUUAUUCAUGUCUGAAACUUCUUCCAAAGCUUUCUGUCUUUAACACAGUAGCAAAUAAACUCCACUUCUCUUUGAAAAAGGAGAGAGAGAGAGAGAGGGGAGAGAGAGAGAGAGAGAGAGAGAGAGAGAGAGAGAGAGAGAGAGAGAGAGAUUUUCAAAAAGUAUAUGUUAACCUAAGGUCUGGU